CUGCGGCGGCCCCAGGAAGCUGUCUUUGCCUAAAAUCCCCCCCGAGGCCCUGGUGGUCCCCGAGGUGCGCACGCCCGUGGUGGGGUUUCCCGUCCACGCGGCAGGGGCCGUCCCGCUGCUCAUAGACCUGACGGAUGACUCUCCCCCCGCCCCCCCCCUGUGACCCGCAGGAGACCCCCAACGUCUCCCUCCCUUCCCCUUUCACUUCCUUCUCCUCCUCCCUGCAGAACAACCCCGUGCCCCGCAGCCGCAGGGAGGUGCCCCCUACGGGGAGACCGCCCAACCCGGGCGCCAACACUCCCAGCCCCACCUCCCCCUCGGCAGCCGGCGCGCCCCCCCAGCCGGGCCCCCAGCGGCCGGCCAAGCCCAAACACGCCCAGCCCCAGGAGCCCUCGUACCCCAGCAAGCGCCUCAGCAUCUUGGAAGAAGAAGAUGGCCAGCCCCACCCUCUGACCCCCCACCUCCCCGUUGUCUCCUCGGCCGCCCCCACCUGGAAGUGCCCCGGCUGCACGCCGCCCAACCCGGGGAGCUCAUCCAAGUGCGACACCUGCUGCACGUCGCGGGCCGGCGCCGACCUCAUCGACCUGGUGGGCUGCGAGACGGUGCGAUUCACCCCGGCCAGCCCCUCCAGCCCGGACUUCAGCACCUGGGCCUGCUCCAAGUGCACGCUGCGCAACCCCACGGGGGCGCCCAAGUGCUCGGCCUGCGGCUCCUCCAAGCUGCACGGCUUCCAGGAGCAGCAGGUGGUUCCGCCCCGCUGCUGUGCGCACUGUGGCGCCGCGUCGUGCUCCUGCACGCCCUCCUCGUCCUCCUCGGGUCAUGUGACCAGGAAGCAGGCCCGGGGCUACCCUUUCUCCUCCCCCGCCGCCGCUUCGUCAAGUUCCACUUUGUCCUCCAUUACGUCCGGCCUGCAGGAGAGGGCGGGGCAGUGGAGCUGCCCUGCGUGCACGCUGCUCAACGACACCAAGGCCAAGAACUGCGCCGCGUGCCACACGGCGCAGCAGUACCUCACGCUGCGCAAGGUGGCGAAGCCUCUCAAGAGACGGGAGAGCAUGCACGUGGACGCCCGCCGCCGCAACGACGAGGGCGAGGCCAAGGAGCUUCUGGAGAACAUUGUCACCUUCUGCAGAGAGAACACCGUGAACUUCGUGGAUGACAGCUUCCCCCCGGGACCUCGAUCCGUGGGCUUCCCUGAGGGCGACAGCGUCCAGCAGCGCAUCAAAAAGUGGCUCCGCCCCCACGAGAUCAACUGCAGCAACUUCAAAGACCGGGGCGUCAAGUGGUCCGUCUUCCGCACGCCGCGGCCCUCCGACAUCCUGCAGGGCCUGCUGGGAAACUGCUGGUUCCUGAGCGCGCUGGCGGUGCUGGCAGAGCGUCCCGAGCUGGUGGAGAGAGUGAUGAUCACCAGGACAAUAUGCACAGAGGGCGCCUACCAGGUCCGGCUGUGUAAAGACGGGACGUGGACGACGGUGCUGGUGGACGACAUGCUGCCCUGCGACGACUACGGCUUCCUCCUCUUCUCCCAGGCCCAGAGGAAGCAGCUGUGGGUGGCGCUGAUCGAGAAGGCCCUGGCCAAACUCCACGGCUCCUACUUUGCCCUGCAGGCGGGGCGCGCCAUCGAGGGCCUGGCCACGCUGACGGGGGCCCCGUGCGACUCCCUGAUGCUGCAGGUCAGCUCCACCAACCCGCGGGAGGAACCCAUCGACACGGACCUCAUCUGGGCCAAGAUGCUCAGCUCCAAGGAGGCCGGGUUUCUGAUGGGCGCUUCCUGCGGAGGAGGCAACAUGAAGGUAGACGACGUCGUCUAUGAGUCUAUGGGUCUGCGGCCUCGACAUGCCUAUUCCAUCCUGGACGUUCGAGAUGUUCAGGGGUUCAGGUUGCUGCGGCUGCGUAACCCGUGGGGCCGCUUCUCGUGGAACGGCAGCUGGUCGGACGAGUGGACGGACUGGCCGCAGCACCUGCGUCACGAGCUGAUGGCUCACGGCAGCAGCGAGGGGGUCUUCUGGAUGGAGUACAGCGACUUCAUCAAGUUCUUCGACUCGGUGGACAUCUGUAAGAUCCACUCGGACUGGCAGGAGGUGAGGCUGCCGGGCUGCUUCCCCAGCAAGGCCAGCGGGCCGGUGACCGUCACGGCGCUCACCGUGCUGGAGAGGACGGCGCUGGAGUUCGCUCUCUUCCAGGAGGGAAGCAGGCGUUCGGACACGGCCGACAGCCACCUGCUGGACCUGUGCAUCAUGGUGUUCCGCGCCUCCUUCGGCAGCGGCAACAAGCUGGCGCUGGGCCGCCUGCUGGCCCACAGCAAGCGGGCGGUGAAGAAGUUCGUGGGCUGCGACGUGAUGCUGGAGCCCGGCGAGUACGCCGUGGUCUGCUGCGCCUUCAACCACUGGCAGAUGAACGCCAGCGGGACGGUCGCUCCGCCCACGCCGGUCUCCAGCCCCACCAGCGGGCCGGCGCGGCGUCCCAGCCAAGACUUCCCCGGCCACAUCCUCGCCAUCUACAGCUCCAGGCAGGUGAUGGUGGAGCAGGUGGAGGCGAUGGCCACCACGCUGGCCGACGCCAUCAUCCUCCUGACGGAGAACAAGGGCGAGCGGCACGAGGGCCGCGAGGGCAUGACGUGCUACUACCUGACCCACGGCUGGGCGGGCCUCAUCGUGGUGGUGGAGAACCGCCACCCCAAAUACUACCUCCACGUCUCCUGCGACUGCACCGACAGCUUCAACGUGGUGUCCACGCGCGGCAGCCUCAAGACCAUCGACAGCGUGCCGCCUCUGCACAGGCAGGUGCUGGUGGUGCUUUCACAGCUGGAAGGAAACGCCGGCUUCUCCAUCACCCCACCGGCUCGCUCACCGCAAGGCCGCCCAGGCCUCCUUGGGAGACUGGACCCCCACCAAGGCCACCCACAGCCCCCAGCUCACCCCGGACAUCGAUGGGCUGCACCGGCCGCGCCCGCUAUGACCACCGCCCUGCGUCCCGCACACAAAACGCUGACUAUUAUUCGAUGGAACUGUCACGACCACUGGAAAAGCCUCGGCAAAGGAGCGGGGUGUUUGGGGGAGAGGGGGGGGGAGAGCGUAGUUUGCGUGGAGAACGCACGCACCUUGAAUGUAAAGCGGUCUCACCAAAUGGAUGUGUCUGGAUGAGAUGAGCGACCUACCGGGGAUCCGGCUCAGACUUUUCUUAAAGUGGUGGAAGCUUCUGGUACGAGCGCUGUGCGAGGUGGGGGGGUGGUGGGGUGGUGGGGGGGGGUCAUCGCCGAGUUAGGUACGCUCGGACAGACGACGCCGGGGCGGAGUGCCGUGACUACUGAGCCACUCGCCGGCCCACGAACUCUGAGCCAAUCACGCACAGCCAUCAGACACUAACAAAGCAGGAGACUUCGGGGGGGGGGGGGGGUUUAUCUCGGCACGGUACUUAAUGAGCCAAAACCCACGUUUCUGUUUGAUUAUUGGCUCUCGCUCGUUUCGGACGCGUCCCCAUGUCCACGUCUUUCCCGUAUUUGUGUCUUUUGAAGCCAUCAGUCGCACACUACUGUCCCCGGUGUUCCCCACGCGCCACCGUCUCCGCCCUCUUUCUCUGACUCGGGACCCUCCGCGGUGGUUUUAGUUGCCGUGAGUUGGACUCCAGUGAAACCACAAGCCGAGGUGCCCCGACAGGUGGUGGGGGGGUGGUGGGGGGUCGUCUGUCUGAAAACACCUCAGGGAGGGUUUUAACCUGUGAAAUACCGACACAUAAUACGCUUCCCUUCCUGCCUUUUUCUUUUUCUCCUUUCUUCCUGUCCCUCGCACACUUUGAGUCAGUGCAUGAGCAGCUUUGUGGUUUUGAUUAGGGGGGGGGGGGGGGCUGUCUGGACAGAGUUCUUUGGGAGGUCUGGGACCGUCUUUGUUCAGGAGAUGCUGCACGAUGAUAAAUUAGCAUUUGGUCCGUCUACAUGCGCGCGUGAUGGGGGGGGGGUAAAGCGACCCCCCGGGACUCGUCGUGACACUGAAGGUAGUUCCGUUUUUAAAUGAUGGCCGGCAUGCAGCUGUUUUAACGUACCCCCCCCCCCCCUCCCUCCUUUUAAUGACCCAAUUUCUUCAGUGUCAAAGCCAUUAAUCCUGCUUCACUUCGGCCCUCACCAUGGCAACGUGGGUGUCUCGUCAGAGGGGGAAGACGGCCGUGGUACUGUAGCAGCGGGAUGGAGAGUCGCUGUGUACUGUAAUGGGGGGGGGGGGGGACUUGAAAGCUGACAAGCAGCAUCGCUGAGUGUUCACGCAGGAAGUCACUGCACGCCUGGAGAAUCUCUAAUCUCUCUUUUUUUAUUUUUAUGUUGAGUUCAUUUAGAGUUUUAAAGUUCCCAGAUGAUUCAGGCGAAGACUUAAGCUCAGCCGCCUCGAGUUGAGGAAGAGACGGUGCGACGGUGCUGAUCCGUCUGUACGCGAGCACACCUGCCGAGGGGGGGGGGUGAAAGCUGAGGCCCAGGCAGCUGUGAAUUUCUUUUCUCCAAAGAGGCGCUGGGGGGGGGCGAGCGUGACAGAUGAGAGGAGGCGCCGAUGCCCCGGGGAGGAGAGAGGACAACCUGCACUGGGUCACCUCCAAACCGCUGGAUCACUUUACAUUCACAUUGGGUUGUUGUUGUUGUUGUUGUUUUCUUUUGUUUUAUUGUGUCAUGUGUGGCUCUUGUCCUUUUGGAAGCUGCUCCUCUUCUGUGAAGUUGUGGCGGUGAGUCUCCCUGCGCGGCGGGGGCGCCCCCUGCUGCCGGAGGAGAGGUCCUUCCUCCCCUCCCUCCGUCCUCGGGUUCCCUCCUUGUAAAUUGUACAGACUGCUAAAGCCACAGAUGGAACAACUGUGUGUGUGUGUGUGUGGGGGGGGGGGGGGCGGUUAACUGACCCUUUUAAAGUUGUAAAAAGAAAAAAUGAAAGUACAUAUAAACAAAAACACAAGAAAACUAAUGCUGAAAAAAAUCAAACUGAUGAAUGUGAUAUAUAUAUUUUAUUGAUCUUUUCUGGGAUGGGGAAUAUGAGUAUAUGUGUACAAACAUAUGUAUGUUUAAUUUUCAAUCUCAGGUUCCAUUGGACCAAAUAAAUUUUUUUAAAUGAA